AUGUGUGAAGUGGCUGUGUUACAUGAUGGCUAUUCCAAUAUGAAUGGUGACGGCUACAUGAUAGCCAACUGUACCUGUUCUGUUAUAACUGGUAUCAAUAAUAUAAUAGUUGAUACCAUGACACCUUGGGACUCCAAAAUAAUAAUAAAUUCUUUAAAGAAGCGUGAACUGGACUGUGAACAAAUAGAAUAUGUAAUAUCAACCCAUGGUCAUUCAGACCAUAUUGGCAAUAACAACCUCUUUCUUAAGGCAACUCAUAUUGUUGGGUGGAGUAUUUCAUUUAAAAAUAAAUAUUUUAUUCAUCCAUUUGAGAAAGGAGAAGAGUAUGUAAUAAACGGUAGUGUCAAAGUACUUCCCACUCCAGGGCAUACAUUGUCUGAUGUAACUGUUCUCGUGAAGACUAAGGAUGAAGGCACUAUUGCUAUUACAGGUGACUUAUUUGAAAAAUGUGAAGACAUAAGUAAUGAAACAUUAUGGAAAGAUAUGUCUGAAGAUCCUGCAAAGCAGUCAAACAAUAGAUCAAUGAUAGCUAAUUUAGCAGAUUGGAUAAUUCCUGGUCACGGGCCAAUGUUCAGAGUCACAAAUGAUAUGAGAGAAAUGUUAAAAUCUCAAGCUACUAAUUAUAAUAACAAUGCAUAA